GACUGAGCAGUUAUUCGUACACGUUGGGGAUGAUUGUCUCGCAUUUCUACUCAAAACAUCACGUCCACUGAGCAGGAGUCGACUCACAAGGGACCGGAGAGGAUUUCUAACAGCUACGUGUUCGUUUAAGUUGAUUUUGGACGACGGUUUUGACAAUAUUGGCGAAACUGUAUUUACAUAACCAGCUUUCACGUUACUCUCAACGGGGAGUAACGAUUUACGCGUCCGAAUUACAAGUUAGUAACCGUACUACUUAACUAAACCUUAUUAAUGUGUAUACAAUACGAGCCUACUAACGCGUUUUAGUGCGAAAACACGCUUUUUUUCAUCCUUCAGAAAAACAAGUUAUACAACACACAAAACGAGGUUACUGUCCGCCAUCGGACCGGGUCCUAAAGCCCGCCGCGUUGCGCGUCACAUUGCCCCGGAGAGCGCGCUCUGUUUCGUGUCCAAAUGGUUCAGAAGCCAAUGGUUUUUAAAUUCUUCGACAUAAUGGAAAAGGUGCUUUUAGAGCAAGGUUAACUUGGACUGCUUUAACUGAGAAUUGUAUGCUAGAAGAGCAUACAAGCUGAAAUAACAUUCACUUUUUUCUGCAGAAUAUUUGGAUUCUCCGUGACCUUGUUUCCUCUUUUUUUUUCUUGGAUAUAUUUUUUGUGAUUAAGUCGGAUUAAGAGUGGAGUGAGCGCAAAAAGACUCUUGGUAAAAUUACAAAAAAGGACUCAUCCAGUUGAGUAAUGGUCAUUAAUACGAUCCACUGGUUCAGGAAGGGCUUGCGGCUCCACGACAACCCGGCGCUCAAGGAAUCCUUGCUGGGAGCGGAUACUGUCCGCUGCGUCUACAUCCUCGACCCCUGGUUCGCGGGAUCUUCCAACGUUGGGAUCAACAGGUGGAGGUUCUUACUGCAGAGUCUUGAGGACUUGGACUCCAGCCUCCGUAAGCUCAACUCUCGACUGUUUGUGAUCCGGGGCCAACCCACUGAUGUCUUUCCCAGACUUUUCAAGGAAUGGAAUAUUUCUCGUCUGUCUUACGAGUACGACUCUGAGCCCUUUGGGAAAGAACGAGAUGCAGCUAUUAAGAAACUGGCCCGAGAGGCCGGAGUGGAGGUGACGGUUCGCAUCUCCCACACGCUCCACGACCUGGACAAGAUCAUAGAGUUAAAUGGAGGUCAGUCCCCUCUCACCUACAAGAGGUUCCAGACCCUCAUCAGUCGCAUGGAGCCGGUGGAGAUGCCCGCAGAGUCCAUCACGGCGGACAUCAUGGGGAAAUGCAGCACGCCGCUGUCCGAAGACCACGACGACAAGUUCGGCGUCCCCUCCUUGGAGGAGCUGGGUUUCGAUACCGAGGGUCUGUCCUCAGCCGUGUGGCCGGGGGGAGAAACCGAAGCCCUCACACGACUCGAGAGGCAUUUGGAGAGGAAGGCGUGGGUGGCCAACUUCGAGCGCCCGAGAAUGAACGCCAACUCGCUGCUGGCCAGCCCGACAGGCCUCAGCACGUACCUGCGCUUCGGCUGCCUCUCCUGUCGCCUCUUCUACUUCAAACUCACCGACCUCUACAGGAAGGUGAAGAAGAACAGCUCGCCUCCUCUCUCGCUCUACGGUCAGCUGCUGUGGCGCGAGUUCUUCUACACGGCGGCCACCAACAACCCCUGCUUCGAUAAGAUGGAGAGCAACCCCAUCUGCGUUCAGAUCCCGUGGGACCGCAACCCCGAAGCGUUGGCCAAGUGGGCGGAGGGCCGGACCGGCUUCCCCUGGAUCGACGCCAUCAUGACGCAGCUAAGGCAGGAGGGCUGGAUCCACCACCUGGCCCGGCACGCCGUCGCCUGUUUCCUGACCAGAGGAGACCUGUGGAUCGGCUGGGAGGAGGGCAUGAAGGUGUUUGAGGAGCUGCUGCUGGAUGCAGACUGGAGUGUGAACGCCGGCAGCUGGAUGUGGCUCUCCUGCAGCUCUUUCUUCCAGCAGUUCUUCCACUGCUACUGCCCGGUGGGCUUCGGCCGCCGCACGGACCCCAACGGAGAUUACAUACGGCGCUACCUGCCCAUUCUGAGAGGCUUUCCAGCCAAAUAUAUUUAUGAUCCCUGGAACGCGCCGGAGAGUGUGCAGAAGGCGGCCAAAUGCAUCAUCGGAGUGCAUUACCCCAAACCCAUGGUGAACCACGCAGAGGCCAGUCGCCUCAACAUCGAGCGGAUGAAACAGAUCUACCAGCAGCUCUCCUGUUACAGAGGCCUCGGUCUUCUGGCUACAGUUCCGUCCACCUCUCACGGUAACGCUAACACCGAGACGUCCUCAGACGGGGUGGGAUUCCCCGUAGAGACCACACACAGCACUGCAGCUCCAUCCGGCUAUCAGAUGCCGGGUCACACUCAGGACAACUGGCAGAGCGGGGUCAUGAUGUACCUGCAGGGAGAUCCCCAAACCAGCAGCGGGACACAGCAGCAGCAGCAGCAGGGUUACGCCGGCACCAGUACCACGAGUAUGAUGUGCUACACACAAGGUGCACAGCAGAUUCCUGCAGCUCAGAAGGGACGUGAUCACCACUGCAUCACUCAGAGCGUCGGCAAACGGCACAGCGAGGACUCUGGGAACGGAAAAUGCUCUAAAGUCCAGAGACAGAGUACCCACUAGAAAGGAGUGUCUGCAUUCGGACCGUGUACACAGUCGACACAAAAAGGACGUUGAAGCUUACAUAUUUGUUACAGCACUACACUGUUGCAUGGACACAACUUCAAGAGGAGCAUCAUAAAACAAACACACACGUGCAGUAACAGGACUGUAUAUUAUCAAGUGGACUGCACGACCCGGCCAGUGCUGACAUCACUGGAGCGGCUGUUACACUGUGCUUUUCUUCGGGGGUUAAUAUUGCCGGGACCAAGGAGUCCCUGUGUAUAUAAUGAAUUUGCUAAUUUCACAUACAAAAUUGUACAUAUUUGAAUAUUGUAUGUGUGUUUUCUCUCUUUGUGUAGCCAUAGACCCAUUGAUAUAUUUUUGAUAUAAGAAAUCAUUGUGGAUGGAUCUUUUCUUUUUUUGGAAAAAUUUUCAAUAAAAAUCAAAACAUUUGUAGACCGUCCAUUUAAAAAAAAUGGUGAUAAAUCUUGUAUCUAUUGCAGCUGCCUGUCCUCAUUUAUUCUACUUCCCAAUAUUCUCCUUUUUGAGCCGUCCGAGAUAUAUCACCAGUGUUUUAAUCAUUCCCUCUAUCUCCGUACUAGUUGACUCAUUUUAAUCCUUCCCAGAGAGGCAUUAUCAAUACGACGUUAACUAUCAGGAAUCAGCCUCUUCAUAUCAUGGUGUCCCCCUGUAUAAUCUCCAAUAAAUGUACCACAUGAGAGAUCUGCUUCACUUGUCUUGUUCCUUCUCUUGUGCUUGUUUGAUUAAAACUGGCUUAAAUAUACAA